AUGUCCGAAGCAGCACCACCCGCCCAAGAAGAAAUGCAAGACCGCCGCAUGGUGGCCAUUGCCGUCAAGCCGUGUGCCGGCGUCGAUCCACAAACGCUCUACACCAAAAUGAAGGAGACCAUUACAUCCCAACCCGACUACAAGUUGAAAUGGGACGAUGCCUGCAAGGUCGAAAAUGGAAAAAUUUAUACGUCCUUUACGAUUGCCCUCGAAGCCGAUUUUGAUGAAGAAGUCAUGGAAGUGCUCGAAUGUAUGGAAGGGGAAGUCGAAACCCAGGAAGUUACCUUUAUGAAUGCAUUUGAGUAA